GCGGAGGCGGCGGGGAGGCGGGAGCGUCAGCAGCCUGCGACCGGGGCGGAAGGAGGCGCUGGGCGGGCACCGCGUGUGAGGAGAGCCAGGCCGGGCCUGCUGGCGGGGCUCAGCCCCGGAAGGUGACAACCACCAGGCAACUACAAGACUGUCACAAUGAGUUUUGUUGAAUAUGGAGAUACGAUAAAGGAUGGUGACACAGCUAUUGUGUUCUUGGGCCACGAAUCCAUGUUUCCUGUGAAAGUCCAGCAUGGCACUGUAACUCAGACUAAGUAUGGGGUCAUCAGGCAUUCCACAGACCUCAUAGGCAAGAAGUAUGGCUCCAAAGUGACCUGCAGUAAAGGAGGGUGGGUGUUCAUUCUUCAUCCAACUCCAGAACUGUGGACUAUGAAUCUUCCGCACAGAACACAGAUUCUGUAUUCCACUGACAUCUCUAUAAUCACCAUGAUGUUAGAACUGAAGCCAGGCUCCAUAGUAUGUGAAUCAGGUACGGGCAGCGGCUCCCUCUCCCACGCUCUCAUCAGGACAGUGGCUCCCACAGGGCACCUGUACACGGUGGAGUUCCACCAACAGAGGGCUGAGAAGGCCAGGGAGGAGUUUCGAGAGCAUGGGGUGGAGCAUCUGGUCACCGUGACCAACCAGGAUGUCUGCAAAAAUGGGUUUGGUGUCUCAAACAUUGCAGAUGCCGUGUUCCUAGAUAUUCCAUCUCCAUGGGAAGCCAUAGGACAUGCAAAGUCAGCAUUAAAACCUGAAGGUGGCCGCAUCUGCUCUUUCUCCCCUUGCAUUGAACAAGUCCAAAGAACCUGCCUAGCGAUGGAAGAAUUUGGUUUUACAGAGAUUAACACCUUGGAAAUUCUGCUCCGAGUGUACAAUGUAAGGACAAUUAGCUUGCAAAUCCCUGACCUUGGAGAAGCAGCUGAGGAUAAUUCUAGCACUGGCUUUGACAGCAGCAACCCAUCAAACCAAGGCAGCCCGUGCGCUAAUCUGCAGCAAGGAACUGUGCAGUUCAAAAGCGGCGUGCCACUCAGGGAGAUGGUCGGUCACACUGGAUACCUGACCUUUGCCACCAAGAGCCUGUUUUAGUACAUGUUGAGUUUGUGCAGUUUGGAGUCUUUUGUGUGUUUGUGUAUGUAUUCUGUUUUCAUGGUUCUUUUUUGUAGGGCAUCCAAAUUUUUACUUGUCAGGGAAUUCCAUAUAUAGUCACAUUUUGUUGGAAUAUGCCUUGUUUAAAUAGCAGACAAGCAUUAACCAGAGCAGCAUCAAGGGAAUGUUGAAACUCUGGAGUGGUGCUCCACUUGCUGUCAGAAAGAAGAUGAAGUAAUAACGAAUGGCCAUUCACUGGAAUGUGCAGAAUAAAGAUCCCCCCCGAUAAGAAAGCAAAACAUACAGCACACUCAUUGCAAAUAAGUUGGAUUUUUCCUCCUCUUUUCUGAAUUACUUUCCCAGGUUUAGGGUUUUUUUUUUCCUAGCACCACUAGACACUUCUUUUUUUAACUUCUCUAGCGUCUGUGUUGCUCUUAGGAAUGUGAAAGUGCCUACUUGCUUCCUUUUAGAUAGGAAAGUUGCGAGGUCAUAGUUUGCCAGCACAAUUAAUCAUAGAAUUAGUGUUUCCUUGGAAUAGUGUUCGGCUGCACAGAGGAUUAUUGGCAGUGCUCAGGAACACAACCUCUCACUCCAUUCUAGGCUGGCAUCUGCAAAUCAUUUAGAUUACACAGAGGUCAAAGAAGUGUGCUAACUGUUGGAUUUGGUUUAAAAUAGUAUAUUGUUCUCAUCAAUUUAUAGUAGAAAUUUGGACCUGGAUUCAUACUGUAGUCUUCUAAUAGAUCAUCCACUUUCAUAGUUGAUGAAUCCACUGUGAAAAUUCAUUGAAUGAGUGGUUAAUAUUAUCUGAACACCUCUUUGUAAGUGGUGUGGCUGAGGUUCUGUUUGUUUGGUGUUUUAUGUGCAUUAUGGUGUACUGCCUUCCUGCAGUUGAAUGACAGAUUGCUUUUGGCAGGAUUUCUGUCUCCAAAUUGCAACAACAAUGCAAACAGUAAAAUCCUCAACCAGCUUUAUCAAUUAAGUUUUCAGACCAUUUACUCUUUGGUCUUCCAUACAGAGCUGGUGGUUGUGAUGAACUAUGUGAAUGCUGGAUUAAAUUUUGUAUUUACAGAUUAAAAUAAUUAUGCAAAUUUAUAAAGUUCCUGUUUUGGUUUUUUUUUUCAUGAAUUCAAAAAUAUUUUUAUUCCAGCCACUAGUACUGUCUCUGGAAGCAUUUAGCUGUGCCUUGCAUUUGGUACCUGAAUAUAUUGAUUGCCAUGUAAGAAAAAUAACCAUUCAUAAACCACUGCCUGAACGUUUGAACCUGAUAUCCCUCCCCCAUUCUUGACAAAAAUAAACAAAGCUAAGCUUUUAACGUGUUAUAGCAGAACGCUAAUCCAUAACGGUUUAAAGAAAGCUCAACCGAUCACGACAGCAAAGAUAAACUGUUGAGCAGAUUAAAGGCAGAAAGCAAUUCUGUUGAACUAAAUCAGUUAUGUAAGUUGGCCUACAACUGUAGCACUUCUCCAGAAAUUACAUGAAAGUUCUCUUUCUACUGCUGUUCAUGUCCUCCAGAAAGGCAUGCAGUAAACUGUUAAUACUCUUUGUAUGGUUUGGUAGCUGUAUUAUAGUGACACGCUUGCAUGUGUAUGCAUAUGCACGUUUGUGUGCUUAAACCACCAACCAUAGAAGUAAGGCUAAGGUACUAACAUAAACCAGAAGAAAGGAUGGGGAAAUACGACAUUAAAGCUAAAGGUUGUUCUUAACUUCCUUCAAGGUGAUUCUCAUUCACUAACAAGUGGGAUCCCCAGUCUUCACCAGGGAUAAUUCCAGCCCUAGACUUGAUUCUUUUUUCCUGACAGACUUUAUUUUAAAACAGUGUAACAUUUAAACAGGAUUAAAGAGGAGCGAAGUCACGUUUCUGUCCUACAAAUAGCCGUGGAAUGGAAAUACCAGUGUGUCUUCAUGGAGCUUGAAACAACGCUGAUGCCUUUCUGCCUACAAAGCCCAAUUCAAAACCCCUUGAAAUAAACCACUGACUUUGCAUGGUCCCAUAUUGAUUUGAUCCCUGCUGAGGAAGGACAAGCAUUGCGUAAGAAGAGAAGGAUUUCAUUUCUGUCUUUGCAAUAUUAGAAAGGCUUCUGUGUUUUUGUUGCCAAUCACAGCCAUGGCCAGCAGCACCACACCGCUUCCUGCUGUUGCUUUGUUGUCAGGGUCACAGGGAGGAUCCCACACUGUCCAGCGUGGAUGGUAAUGUGCUGCCAGAACCCUCCACUGUUUAAUUCUGCUUAUGAUCACCCGCAUUUUACAUUCUGGCUACAUUCCCUGCCAAAAGCGGUAAAUCAGAAACAUGGGUCUUUACUGCCACACUGGGAGAAUCUGCCUGGGCCAUGCUUUCAAAGACUCAUUUCUCUUUUUAAUCUGUUUUAGUCUUCUGUCUGGAAUGAAACAUCUCUUCUUCUUGCCCUGACACAGUUCAGUCUCACGCUGGCAGGCUGCACGUUUUCAUUGCUGCCGUGCGCUUGGAUCCCUCAGUUGUGGACAAGCACCAGUACACAGCUCUGCCCGACAGCCAGGUUAUGCUUGUCCCUUUGCACUCCAUGCCCUACAAGCUAGCGUGGAGAGCAGUCUUAGACACCUUGCAACCUACAAGGCAAACAGUAAUGACUAAGAUGAGGCUUGUGAAACACUUCAGAAGUCUGCUGCUGUUCACUGUUUACCUGUGCUUUAAUUAAAGCAUUACAGAUCUGUA